AUGAAGGGAGAAGAUGGAGGCCGGGAUGUCACGUCGAUGGAGGGGAAGAGGUCGGAUUGCAAUUGCUAUCCGUUCGCUGGAGGAACUGACGAAGGGAGAAGAGCCUGCGAAUUUUGCGUCGGUGAAGGAGGGGAAGAGUCGCUCCUGAAUCCUUCCUGCUCUCUAGAAGCUUGCUCUAGCCGCCGUCGAACGAUCGAUGCCGGAGUUGAUUCAUGCAGGAGUUCGUUGUUCAGGGUUCAGGGGCUUUGCAGAGGCGGAGAACUUCUCUGUAUGAUGCAAAUUUAA